CUGCGGUUUGUCCAGGAACGCAUUGAACGGGGCUUGCUGGAUGCGCGCAUUCAGUUCGUAUUCAGCAAUCGAGCCCAGGGCCAAGCCCAAGGGUCCGACGGCUUCUUUGAUCUGGUGAGCAGUUAUAACCUGCCCCUGGUGACCCGCUCUUCCGCCCACUACCGCCGGUCCCGCAGUUCUUCGGGCCUUACCUGGGCCGAGCUUCGCCCAGAGUACGACCGCCUCGUCCUGGAAGACCUUGAGGAUUUCCGGCCGGACAUCUGCGUCCUCGCCGGCUAUAUGCUCAUCUGGGGAGCCCAGAUGUGUAGCAGUUACCCCAUGCUCAACCUGCAUCCCGCCCUGCCAGACGGGCCUAUUGGCACCUGGCAGAAUGUUAUAUGGGAGUUGAUUCGCCAGCGGGCCACCCGAACCGGCGCCAUGAUUCACCUCGCAACCGAGGAGUUGGACCGGGGGCCGGUGGUCUCCUAUUGCUCCGCGCCCAUAACAGGUCCCGACUUCGACCAGGAAUGGUUGGCGUUGGCUGAACUGGACCUUGAGGAGGUCCGGGCCAGUCAGGGAGAAGACCUUUCCCUGUUCCAGCAGAUACGGCGGGCCGAGUAUCGUCGGGAACCCUACCUGAUUCUGGAGACUCUUCGGGCCGUUGCUGAGGGCAGGGUGCAAGUCAAGGAUGGGCAGGCAUUGAAUGCCUCGGGACUGCCGCUUGCCAGCACUGUUCCUCCGGGGCUUUGCCUUGAUGAGGAGAUAGACCGGGCUAUGGCUGCUGACGGGUCAGCUUAG